GAUGGUCAUGGCGGAGGGUACAGUAGUUCUAAGGAGGAAUCGUCCAGGAACCAAGGCUAAGGAUUUUUACAACUGGCCUGAUGAGUCCUUUGAGGAGAUGGAUAGCACUCUGGCAGUGCAGCAGUACAUCCAGCAGAACAUUCGCUCAGAUUGUGCCAACAUUGACAAGAUCCUAGAGCCUCCAGAGGGCCAGGACGAGGGUGUUUGGAAAUACGAACAUCUAAGACAGUUUUGCCUGGAAUUGAAUGGCCUUGCUGUUAAAUUGCAGGGAGAAUGCCACCCUGACACGUGUACACAAAUGACAGCUACAGAGCAAUGGAUCUUUUUAUGUGCCGCACAUAAAACUCCCAAAGAGUGUCCUGCUAUUGACUAUACGAGACACACGCUGGAUGGAGCUGCCUGUCUACUAAACAGUAACAAGUAUUUUCCCAGUCGGGUGAGCAUAAAGGAGUCAUCGGUGGCAAAGCUGGGUUCUGUCUGCCGCCGUAUUUACAGGAUAUUCUCCCAUGCCUACUUUCAUCACCGCCAGAUAUUCGACAAGUAUGAGAAUGAAACCUUCCUGUGUCACCGGUUUACUCGAUUUGUUAUGAAAUAUAAUCUGAUGUCGAAGGACAAUCUCAUUGUGCCCAUUUUGGAGGAGGAGGAGGAGGAGGUGCAGAAUGCUGGCUCUACAGAAAGUGAAGCCUGAGGACGUGACAUCGCUCAUAACAGUUACAAUAGCAAACAUGCUAACUUUAAUGAUAGUACAUUCAUUCUAGUGGGGUAGAGUUCACCUGAUCUCGUUUGCCCUUUACUAGCAUUCAUACAUCACUGACAUGGUUACUCUGCGUUCACACUAUCAAGCUACAAAUCAAUGAUGUUGAUACAGGUUGGGUUUGCUUAUGGAAGUGAUGUCAUGGCCAGUACUGUUUCUUGUGGAUGGGCAUUGUCUGCAUAAAAAAAGUGUUUACAGUGAUUUAUACACCCUGAAGUGUUGCUUAAAAUGUAUUUCAGUGACAAUAUGUUAUUUUUUUACCGUUUGCACACUGAACACUAAAUUAGACAGCUGGGUGUCAGUAGUGCAGCAGUACAUUGCACUAAACUAAUACUGCUGGGAUCCAGGAUUUGAGUCCUCCGUGGUGCUAGUUGGGUGUCCUAUGUCUGAGGACGGAGCUGGCCAGCGCCUGCGAUUGGUUAGAGUCCUGUCUGAGAUAUGUCGCUGCAUUGUGCCCAGUGAUUUAGGGAAAACCAGACCCACCACACCCUGACCAGGAUAAAGUGGUGGUAAAACAUGGAAAUGAAAUAAAAUAAAUUGCUAUGAUGUUUGACUGCCCACUUUAUACAAUUGGUUUGACAUUUUGUGGUAUUAUAACAUGAAGCAUCUUUGUAACAGAAUUAGAUGCUUCAAAUCAAAAUGUUGCAUUACAAUUUAGGAUUGCAGCUCAGUGUUGCUAAUACUUAGAAAACUGCCUGUGGCUUGCUUGUGUGAACAUAGGGUUAUAAUUCCUUAGCUCAGUACUUUGAUUUAUGUCCUUUUGCUAACUCAUCACAUAAAGUACCUCACCUGUAUAAAUACCUUCUAAACACCAUUUUACUCACAUUGUGCCCAUCCAAAAUGGUCAGCUCAUGAACCCCUACAAAUGCCAAACUCAUACGUAGGUUUGCACAUAGAUGUCAAAAUAUAUCUUUUUACUUAGGAACGACAUAAAGAGCUUCACAAAAUCAGCUGGCUGAUAAACACACACACACACACACACCCACACACACCCUGUCCUGUCAUCAGUAGAUUUAUUGCAACACUACGUGAACGUUAGAGUGUGGUGAUGGAAUUUUUAUCAUAGGGUUUACCACAUCUGUGCUGUAUGUGAGCUAAAUAAUUAUACUUUUUAUCUUUUUAACCUCACAGCUUAGUUUUAUGUGUUUUUCUUUUCCUUUGGUUAAGUUAUUGCUUCUGUUACUAAAGACAUUUUAUGAGAUUCAUAACUAUGGUCAUUCUGUCUGUUUUUAUUACUGUUGGGUUUUUACACAAAUUUUAUUUGUAUGUAAGCAAAUA